UCUGCCUGGGAGUCAUCCCUAACUGGAAUUCAAGAAGGAGGAGGAUCUUGUGGACUGCCUGCCUUUUAAAAGCUGCUUUACUAGUUAUCUCUUUGCGGUAGCUCUCACUAAGAUGUGGAUGUCUGAAAGCUGAUCUUCCCAAACCGUUUUUUUUUUUUUGUCUUUUAUUUUACAAGUGACUUGGAUGAGGAGUUUCAAGCUAAUUACUUUGAGUAGCAGGAAUGAGUUUGUGUGGAAGAAGAGUUACUCUGCCUGUGAUUACUCCAAUAGUUCUGCAGAAAAGGGUAAUUAAAGUAUACAGUGAGGAUGAAACAAGCAGAGCUUUGGAAGUACCCAGUGAUAUAACAGCCAGAGAUCUGUGCCAGCUGCUAAUAUUAAAGAAUCAUUAUGUUGAUGAUCACAGCUGGACUCUGUUUGAACAGCUCACUAGCUUAGGUUUGGAGAGAAUAAUAGAAGACCAUGAAAUGAUGAUUGAGGUUCAGUCAAAAUGGAGAAUUGAAGAUGGCAAUCGAUUUUAUUUUAGAAAAAAUUAUGCCAAAUACGAGUUCUUCAAAAACCCUGAGAAUUUUUUCCCUGAACAUCUGGUGUCCUUCUCAAAUGAAAUCAAUGGAUCAAUGAGCCAAACACAGAUAUUACAGAUGUUUUUAAGUACCAGUACAUAUCCUGAAAUUCAUAGUUAUUUACAUGCUAAAGAGCAAGGGAAAAAAAACUGGAAAAAGAUGUACUUCUUGUUGCGAAGAUCUGGUCUCUAUUUUUCCACGAAGGGGACAUCAAAAGAGCCAAGGCAUCUACAGCUUUUCAGUGAAUUCAGCAGUAGUGACCUAUAUAUGUCUUUGACAUGCAAAAAGAUAUCUGGAGUGCCAUCCAGCUUUGGGUUCUGCUUUAAGCCUCACAAAGCAGGAGGAGCCAGAGACCUGAAACAGCUUUAUGCAGAAAGCGAACAAAGUAGGACCUGCUGGAUGACAGCAAUUCGCUUGCUUAAGUAUGGAAUGCAGUUAUACCAGAAUUAUAUGUAUCCCUAUCAAGGCAGAAGUGGGUGCAGUUCCAUUAGCACACCUGUGAGAAGUGUUUCAGAGAAUUCUCUGGUGGCCAUGGACUUCACAGGACAUAAAUCCAGAGUUAUUGAAAAUCCAACAGAAGCCCUUUCGGUUGCCGUUGAAGAAGGAUUGGCAUGGCGGAAAAAAGGGUGCUUAAGACUCGGCACACACAGUAGUCCUACCACUUUGCAAAAUGCCCCAUCAAAUAUAGCCAUACACAGUUCCCAGCCGUGGUUCCACCAUAAGAUAUCAAGAGACGAGGCACAUCAGUUGAUAUUAAGACAAGGACUGGUGGAUGGAGUUUUCUUGGUACGGGAUAGCCAAAGUAACCCCAAAACCUUUGUUUUGUCAUUGACGGAUGGAUUAAAAAUAAAGCACUUCCAGAUUGUGCCAUUGGAAGAGGAAGGCAAGCUGUUUUAUUCAUUGGAUGAUGGUCACACCAGAUUUUCUGAUCUCAUUCAACUUGUGGAGUUUUAUCAGCUCAAUAAAGGCAUCCUACCCUGCAAGUUAAAACAUUACUGUGCCCGAAUUGCACUUUAGCCUAAACACCAAUAUCUCACCUAAGCCUCGUAGAAGAUAAAGGGAGGGUUUUUGUUACUCUUGACAAAGCUGUUUCUUAAACAAAGGCGAUAAAAAGUGAAGGUCAGUGAAUGUAAAUUUCAGCUUGCAAAGAAGAGCUUGCAUUCUCUAUAGAAAAACAAAAACAAAAUGCAGUAUUUUUGUGUUAGAGUUGACUAAUUAACAGUUGAUCUUCCAAAAAUGACUUUCAAGCUGGAAUUGUGUAACUGUGCAAUGCUGCAAUCCUAGGAAGUAUUUUUCAAAAUACCAAUA